AUGGCAUCACGAUUGUGGUUGUGCUUCUGCUUGAUGAUCACCGCCGCCUUAACUCGAGCUCAAAACACCACCGAUCCAGCUGAAGCGCGAGUUAUAAAUGCAAUGUUCAGUCAAUGGGGGAUACCAGAAAGUUCAGCAACAGAGAUGGGAUGGAACAUAAGCGGAGAAUUAUGCAGCGGCGCCGCCCUGAACUCUACGGCCUUCAAUUCCCGGGCUUACAAUACCGCCAUCAGAUGCGACUGUAAUUUCACCGAUUCCACUUGCCAUAUCACUGGACUAAGAGUUGGUGGACUUGAUGUUGUGGGGCCAAUCCCAGAAGGACUCUGGACUUUGACUUACUUAACCCAUCUUAACUUGUCCAAGAACUGCUUGACAGGUCCCUUGUCACCUUCCAUUGGCAAUUUAACCCGUAUGCAGGUCAUGAUUUUCCGCAUUAAUGCAUUAUCAGGGCAGGUUCCACGAGAGAUAGGACAACUUACUGACCUUAGAUAUCUGGCAUUUGGCACAAACAAUUUCAGUGGUUCCCUGCCAUCUGAACUUGGAAAUUUGAGAAAUUUACAGUGGCUUUACAUGGAUAGUGCUGGAGUUGGUGGUCCUAUACCUUCUACGUUUGCUAAUUUACAGAACCUGGUGAUAGUAUGGGCUUCUGAUAAUCCAUUCACUGGAAGAAUACCAGACUUUAUAGGGAAUUGGUCUCAGUUAGAAGCCUUGUGGUUAGAGGGGAACUCUUUUAAAGGUUCAAUACCACCUUCAUUUUCUAGACUGACCUCUUUGCAGAGAUUGGGAAUAAGUGGUUUAUCUAAUGGAACUCUGGAUUUUAUUAGUGGUUUGACAUCCCUGACUGAAUUAAAGUUGAGGAAUAACAGAAUUUCUGGCUCCAUUCCGAAUGACAUAGGAGAACUUGCAAGCUUGACACAACUGGAUUUGAGUUUCAACAAUUUGAGUGGGGAGAUUCCAAGAGGAUUAUUCAGCUUGAGACGAAUGUCUUUAUUGUUUCUUGGAAACAAUAGUUUAACCGGUACUCUUCCCGAUGUAAAGAGCACAACUCUCCGGAUUAUUGAUGUGUCACACAAUGGAUUAUCUGGGACACUUCCUUCUUGGGUCGAUGACUCAGACUUACAACUUAACAUAGUCGUGAAUAACUUCCCUGUAGACAGUUUUGAAAGCAGAGGUUUGCCUUCAGGAGUGAUUUGUCUCCAAAGAGAUUUCUCUUGUAAUCGUGGAUCACCGAUAUAUGGUAGCAUUGGAAUCAACUGUGGUGGUCCACAAGUUAGAUCCUCUGGAGGAAUAGUCCACGAGCAAGACGAUGCACUUGUUGGACCAGCAACAUAUUCUUUGACUACCGAUAGGAGGUGGGGUGUCAGCAAUGUGGGACUAAGCGAGUACCCCAGAUACAGAAGCUUCACUAAUCGCGACUUCACAAACACUUCAGAUCCACAACUCUUCCAAACAGCAAGAAUCUCUGCUGGAUCUUUAAGAUAUUAUGGUUUAGGCCUUGAAAAUGGUAACUACACUGUAAACCUUCGCUUUGCAGAACUUGAGAUACAAGAUGGUCCCACUUGGAGAAGUCUUGGAAGACGUGUAUUUGACAUUUAUAUCCAGGGAAUUCGGGUGUUUGAAGAUUUUGAUAUAAAAAGGGAAGCAGGGGGAGCUUCAUUUAGUCCUGUUUCAAAGGAAGUAACAGUCCAGGUGUCAAAUAACUACCUAGAGAUAAAUUUUUUAUGGUCUGGAAAAGGGACUUGGGCUGUACCUAAUGAUGGAAGUUUUGGACCUCUUAUCUCAGCAAUCACUGCCACCCCAAAUUUCGUCAACCCUAGCGCGAGCAACAAUCAGAAUGCUGGUUUGAUUGUGGGGAUUUUGGUUCCAAUUUCAGUUGUGAGCUUUUUGAUAUUAUUAGCUUUGUAUAUUCUUCGUCAGCGCAGGAAAAGGAGGGAUACAUAUGGAAAUCAUGAUGAAGAGUUUCUGGGAAUUGACCCCAAGCCAUGUACUUUUGGUUAUGGAGAAUUGAGAGAUGCAACAGAUGAUUUUAGUCCUGCAAAUAAACUUGGCGAGGGUGGUUUUGGACCUGUUUACAAGGGAAAACUUGCUGAUGGGAGACUAAUAGCCGUUAAACAACUAUCCAUAGCCUCCCAACACGGUAAGCGUCAAUUUGUGGCAGAGAUUGCUACAGUAUCUGCUGUCCAACACCGUAACCUCGUGAAACUCUACGGAUGUUGCAUCGAUGGAGAAAAACGACUCCUUGUCUAUGAGUAUCAUGAAAACAACAGUCUUGACCAAGCAUUAUUCGGAAGCAAAAGAUUAUCACUUAAAUGGUCCACUCGUUUUGAUAUAUGCUUGGGAAUAGCAAGGGGUCUCGCGUAUCUCCAUGAGGAAUCACGGAUAAGGAUUAUACAUCGAGAUGUGAAAUCUAGCAAUGUUUUACUUGAUUCUGAAUUGACCCCAAAAAUAUCGGAUUUCGGUCUGGCGAAACUUUAUGAUGACAAGAAAACACACAUGAGUACUCGUGUUGCUGGCACAGUUGGGUAUCUUGCACCAGAGUAUGCACUGUGGGGACACCUUACGGAGAAGGCUGAUGUGUUUGGGUUUGGAGUUGUGGCUCUAGAGAUUAUCAGUGGGAGGCCCAAUUCUGAUUCAAGUUUGGAAGAUGAGAAAAAAUAUCUUCUUAAUUGGGCAUGGAAGUUACAUGAAGCUAAUCGUGAAGUAGAGUUGGUGCAUGAAGAAUUGUCUGAAUUUGAUGAGACCGAAGUGAAAAGGAUGAUCAGAGUUGCUCUUUUAUCCACUCAAACCUCAACACAACGACCAUCAAUGUCACGUGUCGUGGCAAUGCUUUCAGGAGACAUAGAAGUAACCGGUGUCAUUACUCGACCUAAAUACCUGACUAAUUUCGAGUUUGACGAUUCUACGACAUGUAUGAGUGCUAGUCCAAUUACAAUAGUUUCACCACAUGAUUCUUCCCUACCGAUGCUUCACAAUAUCAUGGGAGAAGGUACUUCCAGUUUGAAGGGGAAGGGUCCGGCCUGA